AUGAGUGUAGUAGAGCUAGUCAGGGAUGCAGUCACUUCACCAACAAAUAGAAACAACCCAGUAACACCGGAGAUCAAGGUUUUGACAGCUCUACACUACUUGGCCACAGGGAAAAUGCAGCUAUGCAGCGCAGAUGAACUAGUUAUAUCUCAGCCAUCCAUCAGUAGAAUAUUGCAUCAAACAAUAAAUGCCCUCUUCAGACCCCACAUCGUCCGACAAUUCAUAUGGUUUCCUCUUGAUGUUCGCCAGCUACAAAGAAACAAAGUCCACUUCAUGGCCAUAGCUGGACUGUUCGGUGUAGUUGGUGCUAUAGAUGGGACACAUGUCAGAAUCAUUGCGCCAUCACAACAUGAACACGCAUUUGUAAACAGAAAAAAAAAUCAUAGCAUUAACACACAGGUGGUUUUUGAUGCCAACUACAAUAUUCUGGUCAUUGUCGCCAAGUGGCCAGGCACAACACAUGACUCCCAGAUCCUACAGGAGAGUGGCCUGAGGCUGCUGUUUGAGAGGCAUCAUGUCCCAGCUAGAUGUCACUUGGUGGGGGACAGUGGCUAUCCCUGCAGGACGUGGCUCCCCUCACCUUACAUCCACCCACAACUGGGACCUCAGUUAAAUUACAACAGAGUCCACAAGAAAACUCGCAGUGUUAUAGAAAGGGGCAUUGGGCAGAUGAAACGUCGUUUUCAUUCCCUACAUGGGGAAAUCCGGCUAACUCCAGACAAAGCAAGCAGGAUCAUUACUGUCUGUGCCAUUCUGCACAACCUGUGCAAGCAACAAAAUAUCCCACAGCCAGAGGAGUAUGAAGAAGAUGAUGACGAUGAUGAUGAUGAUGACGACGAUGUUGCUGCUGCUGAUGAUGAUGAAGGCGGAGUGGCUGUUCACAUACUACAAAAGAUGCUGAUGGAGCAGGACCACCACCAGUCACUGCAGGACUGGCAGGAGCAGGGCCUGGAGAGAGGGCAGCAGGAGCCAGGGGGCAAGAAGAAGGGGGCAGGACAAAGGGGGGGCCGUAUUAACACACGGGCCCACGGCAGCGGAAGGGCCCUGAACUCUACCGUAUUCUCCGCCAUCGUCGUUCUUGGGAAGGCGCGCAUGAAAACUCGUUCAGUGGGAGAUGCUGAUGCAAACACAGAAAAGGUGCGCAAUGGUUAA